AUGUCCCGCCCAGACAACUCGCUCACACCAGCGUCGUUCGAGCUACCGGACGAUAUAGAUGACGAGCCCACGACAUCGUUUCUCAGCGUAAACAAUGGGAACCCGAAUCAACCCCAGCCGUCCCGCUCGCCGUAUCAUCUGCCCACCUCAGAAAAGCUUCGCGGGCUGGCAAAUAGGAUCAUCUUCAGCCGGUACUAUGUGCUGUUCUAUUUCGUGAUGAUGAGUCUGAGUAUGGUCACUGUGGUCAUGAGCUUGAUGGCAAGACGUGAGUUGUCAAUUCUGCUGGAUCUCAUCCCCCACGUCCGACUCCCGCUGUGCGCAGCAGCCCAGGCAGAUGGAUGCCCGUCAAUAACGUGGCAUAUCCUCGAAAUCGUCAUCAAUGCUCUGAUGGUUAUCGAGGUCGGGACAAGAUGGAUCGCAUACGGCAAGAAAUACCCUAUGACCCCCUUAAACGUCAUCGACCUCCUCCUUGUCCUAUUCUGCUCCAUCACGCUCAUUGUGGUCUUUACAAGCCCUUGCUCUGAUAGCUCCAUGUCUGAGGAGAAUCUGGACAUGAUCUUGCUCGUUAUAAGGAACGGGGUACAGUUCCUCCGCAUUGUCAACAUCUUGAGAAGAUCCGGCCACUCCAUCUUCAAUCCCCCAAAACCAAUCGAUCUCUCCCAAGCCCGCCCCGACGCACUCGACAUGGACCUGGAUUUCUCCGACGAAGAAGCAGCCGCCGAGCGUACGCUCGACAGCCGAUCUGCACCUAUCUUGCCUCUUCACAGCAACGGACGGAGAACGCUGGCAGGUGGCGGAAGGUAUGAGCCGUUAUAUGCGGAUGAGCCGGAUCGGGAUCGGGGCAGUAGGGGAUCAAGCGGUGAUAGGGAGCAGCCAGCCAGGCAGGGUGUCACGGUCAGGCCGGGGCAGGGGAGGGAGGAGUUGACGGAGGAGGAUCAGGAUGCUUGGGAUCGCCUAGGUUAG